UGGUAGCAAAUCAUUAUGUUUCCAUAUAGAGGUACAAUGAGCUUAAGAGACGCCAUCAUCAUCACAGUAUUGCUAUCGCAAUCUCUAUGCGAAGCUCGGGGAAGGGGUCUCGGCAUGUCUCUCCUCCAAGGCAUCUUAUCUUCAAACCCUCAGCUUGCCAAAAUGCUGUCUAACAAGCUAACACAGCAGACCUGUUUACGACCGUACAAUGUACCAGUCCUCAAUGCAGCAGCGAAUGUUCCAGUAAUUCCUGCUUCCCCGCAGUAUUUAGCGCCGGUCUGUCAGCAAAAUUGUCAAAAAAGUCAGUUUAGUCAAGCGAAGAUCGAAUAUCCAACUCAAUACGUAUAUCAAAAUGUUCAGCAAAAAGAGCCUCAAAAAGAAGUACAAGUACAAUCUCAGCAAACAUAUCCAGUGUCAUAUUCCACAGUUCAACAGACAACUCAAGCCUCAUACCCAGCGAAACCUAAUCCUUUUGUUUCUCCAGCACCAAUGGUGAACCCUUUUCUGCCAGCAGCGUCACCUAUAUCUGCUCUCUGCCCUCCUACUUCAAGCUUAUUACCCCCUGCUAAUCCAACUCUAGCAAGAAGCCACUUUUUGAGAAAGAUUCCCAUUCCUCCGCCUUGCUUGUAAUGUUAUUUUUAUCUUAUUUAUUUUAUUGUAAUAAAUAAUGGUUGUAU